AUGGAGGGCUCUUCGCACCCGUCCUUCUUCCCCUUCAACGCCAAAGCCGCCGCCGCAGACUACUCGUCGUCCGAGUCGGAAUCCGAUGAGCCUACCGUUCCUGGGCUCGAUGGCGACGACAACGAUUUCGGGGACUUCAAUCCCCGCAAGAAGAGGCGCGUCGGCGGAAACAAUAAAGAGAAGGCAGCCCUUGGCAUUUUCGGCUCUGACAGCGAAGACGAUAACCCCAAUUCGCGCUGGAAAAGAAAGACGCUGAGGCGCAAGGGUGUGAAUUUUGUUUCGACUGCUGCCGAGGCCGCCGGGCAAGAUGCUAGCGACGAAUCGGAAGACGAAAGACCUCGCUUGGGCAACGGCCUGAAUGCCCAUGGCAGAGAUGACGAAGAUGAGGACGACGAUGAGGAGGAGGAUGAUGAUGAUGACAGACCAGCCGGACUGGGGCUUGGCAACGCGGCCAUGAAACUGCGCUUCGCAGCUGGCGAAGCAUCACGCGAGGCGAAUUCGCAGAAAGAGUCGAGCACACGGCCAUCAUUCAAGACGAAUUUCAGUUCGGGCGGCGUCCUCGGUGGUGGAUUCGUCCCUUCGUCUGCCAGGGAACCCGUAUUGAAAGAGACAAGUGAUGGAAACGAGACCCCGCGAAACAAGCCUCAAGUAAGCGCUUUCGGCUCGAAGGGGAAAAUAAACCCAAAGUCCUUUGGUGCCCGAAUGAUGGCCAAGAUGGGCUACGUUGAAGGCAAAGGUCUGGGCAAAGAAGGUGAAGGACGAAACAUUAUCAUCGAGGCCAACCUCCGACCUCAAGGCGUCGGUCUUGGCGCAGUGAAGGAAAAGACGGAGCAGGAGCGCCAAGAAGAGAAGAGACAAGCACGGCUACGAGGAGAGGAGGUUGUCGACUCGGAAGAAGAAGAAAAGAAGCGCAGGAAAGCCAAGAAGAAGGCCAAGGGGGCAGUCGCUUACAGUAGUGCUGGAAGCACCCCGAUGAGGCAGAGGACAAAAUAUCUGACGGCCGAUGAACUCAAAAAGAAGGCGCCAGGCUUGAAUAUUCCAGAGGCAUUUGCCCCUAUUCUCGACAUGACUGGCCCUGGAGGCAGGCUGCUUACCUCAACGAGCGGCAUCAUGACACCUUCAUCUGGUGUGCCUGAAUCAAACGAAGUGAUUGAGGCGAGAAAAUUGGCCAAACGGGCACAGUCCGACUUAUUAGCUUUUUUAGACGAGUGGAAGAAUCUGGAGUCGCGCAAGACAUGGGUCAACUUGGAGCUCAAACAGAGAGAACAAGAGAUUGAGGAUUUGCGAUCCGAUUUUGAGAGAUUACAAACAUUUGCAAAUGUUGUAACUGAGCAACUUGUUGACGCAACAGAGUGGGAGCAGGUCAUGAGUGCUCUCCAGACAGCAGUCGACGUCGGGUCAGCGAACGACGCCAUUGCAGAUAUCGCGGUGGCCGCCAUCCAUCCCUUUCUGCGCAGCUCCGAUUGGGACCCGAUGUCUGAACCGUCCCGGUUUGCAUCAGACCUACAAAAGCUAUCAGGUCUUCUCAUCAGGUCCGCAAACACUAAUCAAUCCAUGAACAAGUGGAACUCUUCCGCGAGUCAGGGUGAUGGCGUGUAUCGAACACAUCACAAGGCCACUACGCCGUAUGAGACAAUGAUGUACAAGAAUUGGCUUCCCCGGGUGUUGACAGCACUUCGCUCCUGGGACCCGUUCAACCCCACGCCGAUGCUCAACAUCAUGGAAAGCUGGAAAGAUUUACUUCCGCCAUUUGUUCGGGCGCAACUGAUAGACAAUGUGGCUCGAAAGUUGGAAACGGCCGUGUCAGACUGGAACCCCAGGAAGAAGCGUCAAAGCCACCAUCUCCCACAUACAUGGCUGUUCCCUUGGCUGCAGUAUCUCCCCCCCUACCAUCUUGACCCAAGAGGCACAGGCCUGGUUGCAGAUGUCAGGAGGAAAUUUAGACACCUCAUCGAUGCUUGGGAGUUUGAGAGAGGGGUUGUUCCUGGCCUGACGCAAUGGAAAGACGUCUUGGGAGACCAAUGGCGACCGCUCAUCAUGUCGCACGUCUUGCCAUCCAUGGGCAAAUAUCUGCGUACCAACUUCCGUGUCGACCCAGCAGAGCAGGAGCCCUAUCUUCCUAUUCUAGUUGGCAUUAUGAAAUGGAAUCAGGUCCUUGGCGACACGGUCUUGGCAGAGGUCCUGGUCCAGGACAUGUUCCCUAUGUGGAGUAGCAGAUUGCAGGAAUGGCUCGCGCUUGAAGAAGCGGACCUCGGAGAGGUGGCAGAUUGGUACAGUUGGUGGCGAGGAGUGCUGUUGAAGGACAUGGCGGAGAUCAAGGCUGUCAGGGUGGAACUUGACAGAGGACUACAGCUUGUGAAUAUGAUUUGA